CCCUACCAGUGGUGCCUGGUAGAGCAGAAGGCUGGUCUACAAUCCCAAUUCCCACAGAAUCUCAGCACUUCCCCACCGAGCCUGAACACCCAAUAGGUGGAGACUAGAAUCCUGCCCGGAAAACCCCGUCUUUUUUCCGGUACCGCUCUUUGCGGUGGGAAAGGCGGGACUUCCGGCGUCACUUUCCGGAGACGGCCCCUCCUCUCGGUGCGGGAGGUUCAAACUGCUACCUCGCUUUGUGUUUUGUUUGUUUUGUUUUGGUCCUCCGGUCUCCGAUGCUGCCCCAAAGGACUGGACUGAUGUUUCAAUCGAAACACUUCCUGUGUCCAUGUUUUUCCGUAGAUGUGAUUAUUUUUCUUCAUCAAGAAAUAGCUCUCGGUAGUUAAUAUAUUACUUACUGAAGGAACCGUGGCGAAGCGGUCGCAGACAGUACAGUUCCUGCCACUUGAGCAAAAUAAAGGUCGGUCAGAGGCCGUGGUUGCCCUCCUUUCGAAGUGGAAAACAACUUCGCAGCCCACAACUGCCGUCCCUGCUGAGAAGUGCGGCGUACCCAGGCAUGGGAACGGCAGCUGAAGUGCGAAUGGUACUGUACGAGGAUGACUCAGUCCAAGUGAACUAUGCUGAUGGUUCCACACUGCAGCUCUCUCCUUGCGGCUCUGAAUUUCUCUUUGAAAAGGCACCUCCUUCUUCAACACAUCCUUUAGAACAACCAGAGAGGAUUCGUCAGCGGACACACUUUGUUAUUAGCAACUACCGAGAGCAACUACAGCGAGCCCUAGAUUUUCGAAACUCUUCAGCUACUUGCCCUUUUUUAUCUGAAAGCAUCAUACCUUCUGAAAGAAAAAAGCGUAUCUUCAUUGAUUUCUCGGAAGUAGAGUGGCCCAGCCCUGACAGAGACGACUGCAUCACGUACUCGGAGAGUGGCGUAGUGAAGAUCACGUCACUGGAUGGACACGCGUACCUUUGCCUGCCCAGAUCUCAGCAUGAAUUUACAGUGCAUUUUUUGUGUAAAGUGAGCCAGAAGCCAGAUUCAUCUGGGAUUCCACCCGAAACGAAGAAUCGGGUCCCAAAAGAAGAACUAGUCGGGAAGACCAGAAACGUCUGCAGAAGUGGACGUUUACCAGGACAAAGGUUAAGGAAUAAAGAAAACGAAACUCCUCGCCAGCUCUUGACAUCUAAAAACGCUUCAGCGGACAUACGUUGCGUGAGUGAAACUGAGGGGAGGGAGGAGCUGCCUUCCCCAGGCACAGAGCACAGAUACGGCCACGUGUGGGUGAAGCAGUCGUGGUCUGCUGCCGCCUGUCCAGAGGAGUGGAAGUACCCUCUGUCUUUGGGACUUCGCUUCUAUAACAAAGUUCCUGCCCCAUCUGCAGCUGAUGCAGAAGUCCCUGUGAGUGGCACUGUGACUUCUGACAAUCCUGAAGAGAGAGGAACAGGGGUUUCUGUCCUUCCCAGGGCCUUGUUACUCAGCUGCCCUGCCCCACACAUGCACAGGUGGAACUUCUGUGACUCACUUGUACAGAGACAGUCUGAUGCAGAAGAGUAUUCCUAUCCUGAGCUUGUGAAGGUGGUGUGGUAUAAGGGUGUUACAUACAGGCUUACCCAUAAAAAUGUAAACUCAGUAGAGAUUUUUCCUGGCGAUGGAUCGGUUUUCAGGUCAGAAGGAACUCAUUUUGGCAACUAUUUCACAUAUUCAAGCCAGGACGACUCAGGAAAGAGAGAAGAGAAAACUUAUUCUGUAAAUAACCUACCUCCAGACAGACCAGGAAAUCUCUACUCUGUCCGUUCCCUGAUUAAACAGGCAACCAGAAUUCUUCAACAUUGUGCCAAGAUAAGGCUUUCACUAAGCCACAACUACCAUGUAUGCUGCUGGAGAAUGGCACCUGGAGUAAAUGUUAGCAGUAUCCUGCCCGUGCUUCUGAAGGAAUCCCUCAUCCCAGGCGUGGGGAGAUUCCUCGCCUACUCUGAUGACAAAGUCCAUGCUGUCUUUUUGGAUGGCGUCACACUAACGCUGAAUUGGGAUCUUAGCUCCUCUGCUGAAAAGACACAAGUAGAUCAAGGUCUCAGCUUACGCUGGUGCAGAUUAACUUUUCCUGAUGGACAGGAUCAGUUAAUUCAAACCGAGCACCCUGGAGCGUAUGAAAGAUAUGUGACUUCAGUAGUAACAUGGUGCAGAAGACUAACGCAGACUAGUUCAAGACACGUGUCCCCACGUCUCUCACCUGUUCCCGAGGAAAAUUGGUCUGUUGCUUCUGAGCUUGAGAAAAUACAGAAAUUUAACUGGCUGCUGGAAAACAGUGGUGUCCUCAACCUGACUUCUGGCAAGAAAAAUGAACAGUGUUCUUCUGAUCACGAUAAACCAGGAUCUUCAGAAACCUUGCCAGAAGCAACUAAUGAAGAGAGUGUAUCAGUAGCAUUGAAAAGAACUUCUGAAGUCCUUCAGGAUAUUGACUAUCUUCUGUCACUCUCUAGAAAGUGAAAAAUGGCAGUAUUACAAAAUCUUAAGGAUGUUUCAAAUUACUAGUAUGGAAUUGCUAACCCAAGAAAUUGCAGAUGUUACUUCUGCAGAAUGAUCGUUCAGAACUGAUUUCACUUUGAUUGGAUUUUGCUCAGCUUGUAAAUUUUAGUGUUCGUGUGUAUAUGCACUUUUUAAAAUAAAAAAAUUUUGAAAUUUUGAACUA